UAAAUAAAAGCGUCAACCCAUUUUGAAAGACAUUUUGAAGCUCGGAGCUGAAAGACAGGGGGGUCAUUCACGGCUGCAGGAUGUCAUGGCACUGGAGACAGACCCUGGCCCUAUUGGUGGUCAUAGGCAGUGUGUGCACAGAAGCUUCAUUUUCUCUGCACAUGAAUGACUUCAUCAAGGUGGUGAAACAGGUGGAAGACAGAAGCCCUGGUGUGAAGCCAAUAAAGGUGUUGAAGAAGAUCCGCAGGGCGACUGGCCUUAAUGAUCCGUUCAUUCAACACUACCUGGGCGAUGCGAACUCUGCAGGUCCCCCACUGGAUGCAGGCCUCUCACAUUACUUCUCCAAGGCUGUGCACCACAGGGUGACUGACAACGGCAGAGAGGAGGGCGUGGUCCUGACCUCAGAUGGCACCACUGUGGCACUGGGACCUCUCCUUCUUGGCAUCGAGGCUCGUUUCCUCCCUAAGACUAAGGACCGAGGUAAGGCCCAGUACCAGCUCACUCUGGCCAGAGAUCUGAGCCUUUUCUUUGGGCAAAGUUCUACUCAGAGCCGGCAUCUGGGACCUGAUGGCUGCUGGGACAGUGUGACCGCUCCUCAAGUCUUCACCCUCUCAGAUGACGCCUCUUUACUCACAACUGCUCAGGUCAAUGGAGGCAUGGACGGCUUGAUUCUAGGGAAGAAUCUGUCUGCUAAACCUGGGCGCUCUUUGAGGCUGAGCACGGUGCUGACAGAGUACUACUGCCACCGCCUGGAAAACAAAGGGCUGGACACUGCCCCCCGCAUUAUCAGCCAACGUCGCAGGGACAAUUUCAGGGAGAUGUGUUCCUUUCAGCUGCUGGCCAGAGAGGCAGUGAACUCAGUAGAGCUGCAGAGAGAACUGAAGAGGCUCAGAAAGAUGAAUGUGAAGGAGAAGAAGCAGCUGUCAACUGUGGUGAAGAGGGGAAUGAAAGAGUUUGUACAUCGGUACAUAGAGUGCCCACCCAUCAUCCCACGGUGCAUGUGGGGUGCAGAGCCAUACAGAGGAACUCCCACCAACCUGUCUCUGCCUCUGAGCUUUAUGUACAUCCACCACACUCAUAUGCCAGGCCAACCCUGUCUGACUUUCCAGCAGUGCUCUGCAGACAUGCGCUCCAUGCAGCACUUCCACCAGGAAGACCGAGGCUGGGAUGACAUAGGAUACAGCUUUGUUGCUGGCUCUGAUGGCUACAUCUACGAGGGCCGGGGCUGGCACUGGAGAGGAGCCCACACUCUUGGACAUAACUCCAUUGGCUACGGCAUUUCCUUCAUCGGGGACUACUCUACCACCCUGCCCUCACAGCAUUCAAUGGGACUGGUGAGAGAUCAGUUGGCAUCCUGUGCCAUCAGCGGAGGGCGACUGGUGGCCAACUUUACCCUGCAGGGGCACAGACAGGUGGUGAACACUUCCUGUCCUGGAGAUGCUCUCUAUAAUGAGAUCAGAGGCUGGGAGCACUUUGGGGAGGUUGAGAAAUGAGAACCAUCUACCAGUCAAGAUGCACACUCCUGGAUUAAUUCAAGCCUAACACAAUAAACAUUUGUCUCUUCAUG